AUGAACCGCGUCCUAGUUAAGUCCCCCCUAUCGAAUCGUGUCCUUUCCUUCUACGAUACAUCGAAGAGCUCUGCCGAGCUUCGAUCAUCGCUAACUUUCCACAGCCUCCGAGUAGCUUCGACGACGUGUCGAAGCCACCUCGUACCUUCCCUAGUGUCGUAUCAUUUCUGGAGCCCACCGCGAGGGGAUUUCAGGCAAGAAUUCGCCGCUUUCGGGUUUCCGAAAACGUCUCCAGUACUCACCCGCUCGCAAGCGCGUGAGGCUGCUAGUCGCAGCGCCGCCGAGAACCUCGACAGCUCCUCUCGAACGCACUCAACUCCCUCUCCGACAAUUCCCGGUAACUUCGACCGCGACGAAGAAGACGAGAUAGACCAAGAACUCCAGGACGACUUCGACGAAGAACCGAUCCCUUCGACCGCCGAAGAACGCACGUCGUCCCCCGAGCUUCUAGGCCUCACUACUUCCGACUACGACAUUUCGACUCCUGAUCUUUUCGAACGAUCCAGUUCUUCGCCCGAACCCGAGUAUCCUAUCCCAUCUACUUCGAAUCUCGUACUUCCGACUCCAUCUUCUUUUCGCGUCCACGCUCAGCCGCCCAUCGCAUCCUCUUCGCGACUUUCAGUCAUACCUACAUCCGACCUGGCACCUCCGCCACCAUUAGCACCUUCGAACGCAGUUUCGAACUCCAACCUCGCACCGCCCGCACCUACGAUUCCUUCAACUACUACCUCGUCCUCUUCGAGUCCAGCUCCUACUACCACUACAAACAUGAGUCAGAACACGAAUACACCAUUGAUGCCCCCGCGCGGUCAUUCGACAGCACCGAGCUUCGACCCAUCAGAAGUCCGUUCGCUUCGGCGUUACUUCCAGGACCUCGAAGCAUUGUUCACCCGGUGUCAGAUCACCGACGAAGCAGCCAAGAAACAGUGGGCCAUUCGGUAUCCUUCGAUCGACGUCGCCGACUUGUGGGAAACCAUCGAGUCCUUCAUCGACGUAGCCAAGAGCUACAACGACUGGAAAGCCGACGUACGAGCACUCUAUCCUGGCGCCGACGAUACAAGAAAGUGGUCGCUGGCGGACAUGGAUCAGCUCAUCGGAGAACGCGCUCGUAUCGGGAUUCACAACGCGGCAGACCUAGGCUGCUACUACCGCGACUUCAUGGCCAUUACAAAACAUCUCAUCGCACAGCACCGGCUCUCCACUAUCGAACAAAGUCGCGCUUUUCUUCGAGGUUUCCAGCCAGCGUUGCUCACACGGCUCGAGACCCGACUGCAUCUCAAGCACCCCGACCACUACGCCGACGACCCAUACACCAUGGCAGAGAUUCACGCGGCGGCUACGUUCAUCUUACAC